UUUGCGCCAGAUAAUGGGUAAGUGGGUAAAAGUCUUGCUGCUUGAAAUUCAAAGGCCGCACAGGCAGUUGCACGCGAGCUCUACUGCGGCACGGUAACGUCCUGGACUAGUCUCCCCGGGUUCUUCGGGUGAAGUGAAGUGUUGAAGUGUUUGUCUUUACCAAAAAAAAAAAGUAUAAGGAAGAUUCCCCUCUGUGUCACGGUUCGGUGAUUAUUCUGAAAGAACACAUAUUAUUUAACCGGUCUUGUACUCAUCGUCAGUGAUAACCGUGUGCCGGAAUUUGAAUAUUAUGUCUAGUCGGGUGAUGAUUCGAAGAUCGCGAUAAACUGGUCAAAAGUGCGCGCGAAGUUACGUAGAUUGUGUGAUUUAAUAGAGAGCAUAUAAAGAGUAAAACAUGAAGCGUGUCCUCUAAGGCAAACCCCAAGCUUUAGAAGCAAAACGAAGAAGAGUUAUUAUAUCCCGUUGGAGGAGCAGCAGCAGAAGUAGUGUGACCAUCCAACCAGGAGACGCUAUAAAGUGUGAUUAGCUUCAAGGUCUCGUAUCCGAGACACACAAUCUAUCAUCAUCAUCAGCAGCAGCAGCAACAUCGACAUCAAACACAAGACCCCACUGACUGACUGCUUUAACUGUGCUGGUGCUGUGUGCCAUCGCCAUCGGUAAUUGAAAAGGAUAAAAGUUAUAUUGAAUGUCAUCUUGUGUGACGGUGUAGUGCGCGGAUUUCCCCCAGAGUGUACAAGCGCGAAGAAAGGAUUGGACUUUUUCGAGGUUGAACCUUGAGAUCUUUGGAAAAAGAUUAUUCGAAUGAAUUGACAAUAUCCAGCGCCUUAGCGUGCACGCUUCCAUCGCUAUCCCCAUUGGACCCGGCAGCAAGCGGCACGGCGGCUCAAGAUGCAGAACAACAGCACCAAGAUGCAGAUACGGGAAAACUUCACGAUGGACGGAAACACCCGGACGUACAGCGACAAUCGGGGUUACUUCAUCACUCGGAUGACACUGCUGACGACGGUGGCCAUAUUCAGUUGCCUGCUGGUGGGCACCGGGUUGCUCAUAUAUCAUUUUGCCGGUUGUCAGGAGCUACCGGUUCACGCCAGCAUAUGCGAUCAUCGUUACCACUUUGUGUCCAAUCAUUCCUCGCUGAUACAUCCCGAACAGCAGACGACCCCUCUGUUGUUGGAGGAGGACGCGGCGAGUACAGCGCCGGUGACAACCUCUACGAGCACGUCUUCGAGCAGGAUCUACGCAACGUCCACCAGCACGUCAACGGAAAUUAGCGCUCAUCAGACGGGUCCAUCGGAAACCCAUCCGCCCCAAGAAGACGACGUCCGACUGCCGAGAUCGAUCGAACCGAUUGCGUACGCCAUUCGAUUGAUACCGUUCAUCUUCGAGGACAAUUUCACAUUCGCCGGCACGGUCGACAUCGUGGUGCGGGUGGUGGAAGACUGUGAUAACAUAACACUGCAUGCGGUGGCCCUGCAAAUACACGAGGCACAUGUCCGGCGGCAUGAGCCCGGCGCUAGCGAUGAUGAUGAUAUUGUUGCUGAUGGUGGUCGCAACGCGCGGCAUUUGAGCGAUGCAACAGGCAGCAAUAAUGAUAAUCGACAGGAGCACAACGAAGUGGACAAUGAUGGUGACGAUGCAGCAGCAGCAGGACACAUCGAAAUAGACAGACAGUUUGUCGUGGAGAGUAAACAGUUUUAUGUGCUCAUGUUCAAGCGGAAAUUACUUGCUGGCGAGCAAUACGUGGUGAGGAUUAAGUACGAUGGGGUACUCAACGAUUACCUGCAAGGAUUCUACCGGAGCUCGUACACCGUACGGAAUGAAACAAGAUGGCUGGCCACAACACAGUUUCAACCUACGGAUGCCCGCCGAGCUUUCCCUUGCUUCGACGAGCCUGCCCUGAAGGCUCGAUUUAGUAUAAGCCUUGCCCGUCCCAAAAGCAUGGUAUCGCUAUCCAAUAUGCCAAAACUGAAGUCUUACAAUGCACCAGAACCCGAACUGGAAGAUUACGUAUGGGACAUCUACCAGCAGUCGGUUCCAAUGUCCACCUACCUGGUAGCGUUUGUGGUAUGUGACUUCGUACACCUCAGUUCGGGGAAUUUCGCCGUAUGGGCGCGGUCCGAUGCCAUCUCGUCGGCUCGUUAUGCACUGGAUGUGGGACCGAAGAUUCUGAAGUAUCUGGAACAGUUUUUCGAUAUCAAAUAUCCGCUGCCCAAGAUGGACAUGAUUGCGCUGCCGGAUUUUAGCGCUGGAGCUAUGGAGAACUGGGGUUUGAUAACCUAUCGGGAAACGGCAAUGUUGUAUGAGGAAAAUGUGUCCGCUAACAGUAAUAAGCAGCGAGUGGUGACGGUUGUGGCUCACGAGUUGGCGCAUCAGUGGUUCGGGAACCUGGUGACGCCGACCUGGUGGACGGAUCUGUGGCUCAACGAGGGCUUUGCUAGCUACAUGGAGUAUCUAGGUGUGGAUGCUGUGGAACCUGCUUGGAAGUCUAUGGAGCAGUUCGUGGUGAACGAGCUGCACAACGUGUUUUCGCUGGAUGCUUUGUCUUCGUCGCAUCAGAUAUCGGUGAAAGUUCACAAUCCUGAAGAAAUAAAUGAAAUUUUCGACAAAAUAUCCUACGGCAAAGGGGCAGCAAUCAUUCGCAUGAUGGACCAUUUCCUUACAAGUGAUGUGUUCAGGAAGGGAUUGACAAAUUAUUUGAAUGAAAAGAAAUACCAGAGCGCUGAACAGGAUGACCUAUGGACUUUUCUAACUGCAGAAGCCAGAAGCCAAAACGUGUUUGAUGAUUCGAUAUCUGUGAAAGAAAUCAUGGAUACAUGGACAUUGUUAACCGGAUUCCCAGUAGUAUCAGUAACUCGAGAUUAUGACAGCAAAAGCAUUGAGUUUUCCCAAGAACGGUUUAUUUUCAUCGAACCAAGUAAUGAUACGUCGUCGAAGAAAGGGGAAGAACAUCCUUUGUGGUGGAUUCCAAUCACAUUUACCACUCUGGGUGAAAGUAACUUCAACAACACAAAGCCUUUCAUUUGGAUGAAAGCAGAAGAUAAACUGGUUUUACAAGACAUGGAUAUUCCUAAUCAUGACUGGAUGGUGGUAAAUAUUCAACAAACUGGGUAUUAUCGGGUAAACUACGAUCAAAAGAACUGGGCCAUGAUUGUGGACCAUUUGAUGAGUAAGCAGAAGCACACCACUAUUGCACCUUCCAAUCGAGCACAGCUAAUCGAUGAUGCUCUGAAUUUGGCCCGUGGAGGAUAUCUGAACUACAGCAUUGCACUGAACGUUACCCGAUACUUGGUACACGAAACUGAGUAUGUCCCAUGGAAGGCCGCCAUUGGAGCGUUGAACUUCAUCGACUCAAUGCUCAUCAAAACAAGUAGUUAUGAUAAGUUCAAGAAAUAUUCUUUGCACUUGCUAAAACCUAUUUAUGCCAAAGUUGGUUUCGAGGAUCCCAAGGAUAGUCCCCUGUUGACGGUUUACAAACGAGUUGAUGUACUUACUGCUGCCUGUCAUUUAGGCUACAGAGAUUGUGUUAGCAAAUGUGUUCAAAAGUUCUACGAAUGGAUGCACGAACCCCAUCCGGACAUCAACAAUCCUGUGUCUCCAAAUUUAAAGAACAUCGUCUAUUGUACGGCCAUCAAGUAUGGCGAUCAAGCCGAGUGGGAUUUUGCCUGGGAGCGGUUCCAAAAGACCACCAUUGCUAGUGAGAAGGAAACGCUUCUGUCCGCACUGGGAUGCUCGCGGGAAACGUGGAUCCUGACGCGCUUCCUGGAGUACUCGAUGACCGACGAGUACGGCAUCCGUAAGCAGGACGUUUUUCGGGUAUUCAUAGCGGUGUCCAACAAUGUGAUCGGGCAACCGAUUGCGUUCAGCUACAUUCGAAACAACUGGAAGAAGAUGAAGGACUACUUGGGAACGUCUAUGUCCAACUUGAAUAUGAUCCUGAAAUACUCAACCAAACGCCUGAACACUCAAUAUGAGCUAGAUGAGCUUAAAGAAUUCGCUCAAUCCCACGUGAAGGAUACUGGACGGACCAUCCAGCAAGCCAUCGAACGUGCUCAGGCUAAUAUCUUGUGGAUGGACAUGAACGCUGAUACCAUCGUACAGUGGCUCAGUGAUGUAGGCUACGAUCCCGACGAUGAAAUGUAACCGGCAACGCCGUACAAGUUUGCAGAUAAAUGGCAAAUGUUUCCACAAAAUCUGUAGUUUCUGUUGUUCAUGUUGAACGAGGUGAAGAAGAUCAAUGAAGUGUGCCAAACAAUCGAUCCGUUAUUUGCUGUUUUAUUCCACAUACGUACGUGAAUGCUGCUUUAACCGUGAGGAAUCUCUCAUCAUCUUCCAUCAGAAUCAUCGUUAGUGUAUGCUCUAUGCAAAGGAAGACUGUACAUUGGUUGUCAAGUUAAAGAAAAAGAACAUUUCCUAUCUUUGGCAGCCAGUUUAGUGUCAUCUGUAGUAAGAAUCGAUGGAUUUGAGCAAUCAUUUUAAUUUAUACUUUAAGCUCCACAACCAAAUUCAAAAGUCGAUGUAAGUUUUAAUUAGUAUAAUAGUUUUUUGUACAUUAAUUAAUUAUAUUGUACUUAAGUGGCUUUAAUUAAAUUGAACAUAUUUUUUUAAUUGCUUGAAA